AUGAUCCACGACCUACCGCAAGAAAUACUGGAGGAUACCCUAAUCCUUUGCGAUCCAUGCGACGUCGCUGCAGUGUCGCAGACGUGUCGGCAAUUUAGAGAUCUUAUCUACUUCUCGGAUGAUAACCAUCUGUGGCGGGCGUUGUAUCUCUCCCAACCCCUAGACGAUCCUCGCAUAUGCGUCGACCAAGCAGGGAGGCCCACUGGAAGCGGUGAAUUUGAUUGGAAAAUCAAUCUACACGCCAUAACAAGAGCGAGAUUGACCCUCAAUGAUCCCAAACUUCUCCGAGAGGGCGAAAUCGUCACCAUCCUACGAACCUUGCUGAAACUCACCACCAACACUCGGCCAAUUUCUCCAUCAUUUUCCAACUUGUACGACGACAUCUCUCAGAACUUACUAUGGGUUGCGGCACAUCUCCGCAAACAUGACGACUAUUUCUUGGACUACGGGUUGUGCUCCGACCUAGAUGCGACAUCUGAAGAAAUUCAGCUUCGCAGCAGGCUGCAUGCGUACUUUGGCAUAACUCACGGCGACGUCAGGCGGUCUGCUCGCUCCGCGUCCCGUGCGUACGUCUAUUCGCUCCGCAAUUACUCGGAUGCAAAUCAGUAUGGGCCGUAUAUGAUGGAUUACAGUCGGAAGGUCAACUGGGUGCAUAUCCAGGCGAUCCAUCACAUAUUCGCUCUUCAUACUGUGAACAUCCAAGAAAACGACGUCUUCGAAUACGCUAUAAUUCCCAUGAGCAUGCCACAUAUCCAGCCGAUCGUUGAGGAUGUUUCCGACUUGGAUGGGGAAACAGAUUGGGCCCAGGUCGAAGGAGAUUGGAUUUGCUCGUUCUGUUUCUGCGACCACCGAGACCUACUAGAAUUCAACCAGGCAAAUGUUCAGACCGAGGAGACGAAUCCAUUAGACCCCUCGUUCUUCGAAAGCCCGAUGUUUCGAGAAGUAUUCAGAUCCAUGACCGUGAAGCUGAAAGUCACAGCGAUAGAUCCAUCCAUCGACGGACGGCGACCUACUAUCCACUUCACCGGAGGCAUGGGUGAUCCAGCCAGCGGGUCGAUGACAGGCUUUGUGGAAAUGACGUCUGAGGCUGCUAUCAGAUGGCACUUUGUCUCUGGGGAAGCAGGCAAUAGCAUAUGGUGUUCUGAAGGAAUACAAGUCGGGGGUGUGCGGUCCCUUUAUGGUGUAUUGGGGACUUGGACGACGAUCUUCCAUGAUUUUGACGAUCCAGUUGGCCCAUUCUGGCUGAGAAGGCUUGUCGGUGGUGGUCGACGGUAA